GCAAAAUAAAUGCCUGCGUGGUCCGUCCAAUAUUAUCUUCCCCUUCAAUGUGCACUAAUUUGUUCUAGGCAAAGCGUGGGGAUUUUAUAACUCUGUUGCAUGAGCUCUCUGUAAUUGGAGUAGUUAGUUGGUGUGCGUUUGUGUAAUCUAAUUUAUCUAGUUUCUCAGACUGUACAUUCAACAUGGGGACAGAGCAUGUGGGGAAUGAUGUCGUUUCUAGAGAGAACUUUCAGCCAUGUGCCGAAGACAUACAGAGGUGGAUGGCUAAUGCCUUUGACAUGGCAAAAGAAGCUCUGGAGAAUGGUGAGGUGCCUGUUGGAUGUCUCAUGGUCUACAACAAUGAGAUUCUUGGAAAGGGGAGAAAUGAAGUGAAUGAAACAAAAAAUGCCACUCGCCAUGCUGAGAUGGUGGCUCUGGACCAGGUGCUGGAGUGGUGUCGUCAUAGAGACCUGGACCCCAGGACAGUGUGUGAGAGGACUGUGCUCUACGUGACUGUGGAGCCUUGCAUUAUGUGUGCAGGAGCUCUUCGCCUGACCAACAUUCCUCUAGUGGUCUAUGGGUGUAAUAAUGACAGGUUUGGUGGCUGUGGAUCUGUUCUAGACAUCCCCUCUGCUGAUCUACCUCACACUGGCUCAUCAUUUAAGUGUAUCUCUGGCUUCAGAGCAGAGGAAGCAGUGGAGAUGCUGAAGACUUUUUAUAAACAGGAGAACCCUAAUGCUCCCAAGCCGAAAACAAGGAAGGAGUGAGAUUUUGAUUUUGUCCAGCAGGGGGCUCUAGACUUUAAGAAAUUAGGUGAGGAGCAGAGAAGGAUGACGUAAAGGGAGUAGCUAACCAAGCUUUUUCCCUAAAUAGACUUGGAUUUGUCUGUCUGACAAAGGAAUCAAAUAGAUUUUUUUGUGUUCUCACUUAUUUGCUCAGCUGUUUGUGUUAGUACUCAUUUUAAUUUUCAUAUUAUUGACCGUAUAUUAGACCCUUGCAGUAUAGUUUGUCUGGACACUAUCCAGGACCUGGAAAGUGGCUUGAUUGCUGCAACGCUUUGCAGGCUCUGUAUCUUUCCUGUGUGGUUGGCUAUGUGAGGAGCUGCUGCUGACUUUAUUAUGGUUAUUAGUGUACAGUACCAAGUAGACAGAAACUGUCCGGACUGCAUUAUUGUCUGGGUUCUCUUCUCCAUGUUCUCAUCUAACCCAGAUGUGAUCUCACUCCGAGCACCCUGGGUCUAGGAUGAGCUGAGCUUAAGGCAGGUGCCAGGGGCCCCUCAGCAACCUCUAAAGGAGCUCUCUCUCUCUGGCGUCAGUCAUCAACUACCGUCAUGGAUCUGAAAUCAGUGUUGCCCCCCCGAGGCCAUUUCCCACUCCAAUGUAUCAUGUCUGUGAUAGUUUCUGUGUUUGGUAUGCAGGUCUUGGAUUGUUAAGUACUGGCGUCGUCAUGUACAAUAGGAUGGUGGGGUUCUCUACUUUGAAAAUGUUGUGAUUACUAAGUGGCAUAGCUGUUUUGUGAUUUAUUUAUUUUCUGCUGAAGAACAAAUACGUAUUCACACCGUUAGUCUCAGCGGGAGAAGGAACACUGAAUAGUAUAAUAGACUGGGAGCGCCGAUGCAGACAGUCCUGUCUCUCCUACUGAAUGACUAGGCCAGAAAUCACUUCAGAGGGACCAUAUUUCAAUGAGGGACCAACUUAUUUCAGAUCAGAAAUGAGACAAAUGUCCGUUCCAUCGACUCCCGCGGGUAUUUUGAUCUCAGUCUCAGUAACCACCAACACUCACACCAGGACUGCAGUUUGGUGUUUGACAAUGAAUGUGUUUGUAGCAACGAGCACAGCUGUGUGGGGUAAAAGUCAGUCUGAAACGCCUCCCCGUCACUUGCAGCAGGCAGGCAGCAUCCCUCAGCCUUAAAGAGAGGUUUCUUCCCUGGACAGGAUCAGGAACAGAGGAACUCACCGCCCCGUCAGCAUCAGACAGUUCUGGUUGUACCAGCUCCAAAUGACCUGCUGUAGCUUUCACUAUGGUUUAACACGCUCUCUUGUAAAUCUAAUCAAAUGUUUUUAAAUGUGUAAAAUGUUCUCUUUAUUUAGUUCAACUACCGUGUGUGGUUUAUUCACCAAUGUUGAUGUUGUGGAUAAACACUUUGUGAAGGUGACAAUGUAAGUUUGAAGAAUUGCGAACCUCUAGCUAGUGAUCACCAUUGCUAUAUCUACAGGAAAUUUGACAAUUUAUUUCAGAUUUUCAGUAACUGACUGGAGAACAGGGAUUAUCACCUACCGGCUGCAGUGUGAUUAUUCUUACUCACUUAAUAUCUUCACUUCCCCCUGGCUUUGUGUAUUAUGACUCAUUCCUUUAAAGGUUUCAAAUCUUUGAUGAUUGCAGCUGUGGCGAUUUAGAUGCAAUCUCUUGCCCUUGGGUACAUUCUAACUAUACAACCCCCCCCUGAAAGUCACUCCUGUAGAGCUCUGCUGCUACAGCCAAAGUACCACUCAGGAUCCCUGCCUAAGACUGGCACAGUACACUUGCUCAGCUGCCCGCCCGCCCACACACAUCCGGCAGACACGCACACACACACCUUGCCAAAGGAUCUGUACUCUGUAUUUUCUGUGCUUGGAGGCUGCAGGGGUUGAGAACCAUCACAGUGAGUACUUGGAGCCACGAUGCAGAGCUAUAUCUGGGCCUCCAUCUUGUGGCUGCAGAUUUAGCUGCAUUGUUUUCCACCUAGUGGGGCCUGGAGACAGAAAGGCUGCAUUUAAACAGCUUUUACCUCCACUGAUGUGGAUACACGUCGAGCAGUAAUGUUAUUUGGGCUGGCUCUGGCAUUUCUGCCUCAGUUUGUAGUCAUGACACUUUUGGCUUUGACUAAGCCUUGCAUGUUGUUCAAGCUUUUCCUGCUUACCGAAUACCGUUUUUGCCCUAAUUGCAAUGCUAAUGAAUGCCAGCAAAAUCCUUCAAAAUGCAUUCAAUUUGUCACCUCCACAUGGGGGACCGGCAGUGUUAAUGAGAAGACUGAAGUGUCGUUCUCUUGUUAUCAAGCUGACAGAAAGCUUGCGACUGUGCACACAUUCCGCCAUUACAAAAGUGUAUACAAAACAACUUACCCGGGCAAAGAUGUCAUUCUCUAUCAGGAUGAAAAACCACAGUUGUCAAGAGCACCUAUUUCUGUUUCACUAGAGAGGGAUGGAUGAGAAGGGUUUCAUUUUUCCAUCUAAUUGAGCUGACAGCUGUUAUUACAGGAGUUGGUUCUGGUGGUACACUUUGAGGUUUUGUUGAAUAUAAAAGUGAGGAUAGCUAGAGAGGAGAUAUAGUAUGCUCUGGUAUUUGCCUGUUUUGGCUCUGUUUAAACAUUGGUGUUAAUAGGGUUGUAAUAAAUUGCCAGUCUGUUUAAAAAUGAUAAACAGCAGCAGAGAUCAUGUCACUCUCGAAAUAAACGUACAGCCACUCAAAGAAUGUACCAACUGUUUCUAUUAUAUACUGUGGUAUACUUACAUUAUAGGCUAACAUUAUUUCGAGAGCUUUUGAGGUCUGUCUCCCAGAGUUACUAGAGCCUUGGAAUAGCUGUGAAUAAAAAUACAUAUUAUGGGUACAUUU